AUGGGUCUGACAGAAGGCCUGCAACUGGUUUCGUCAAGGACUAAUGAAGGGCAUAUGUCGUCACAAGUUGUGGAAAGUAAGGGUCCUGAAAAGAAGGCCAUGCCAGAGCAAUCUGUUAAAAAGAGGUGUUUUGCUUGUCAUGAUACAUCGCACAAUUUGGAGCAGUGUGGAAUAAAAUACAAUCAUACCACUGUGGCACAUCAGUUUGGCUAUGCUACAAAAUAUCCGUUUACCAUGAUUCAGCCUUCAGAGGAGACGGUUGAGAAAGAGAAAUUCUACCAUCACUGUGUUUUGAUCACAUCCAAUCUCAGUAACUUGGACCAGGGGAUAUUGAAAUCUGAACUGCAGACGUUUUGGAAGCUGUCCGGUGACUGGGAGCCAAGGAGGGAAUGCAGCAAGAGUUUCCUGGCCUCUUUCAGCUCUGAGGAUGAUGUCAUAAGUUGUUUAAAGCAUCCUAAGAUGGAAACACUACUGGAUGAUAAGGAGGUAAACUUAACUGUAACAAGGUGGGAGGAAGGCGAUGAGGAAAGUCUUGAGUUGAUUGAAGAGUGGGUUUUAGUGCGCAGGGUUCGAAGAAUAUACAGAAACUGGAAGGAUUUAUAUCAAGUUGCUUCCGCGUUUGGAGUGCUGAUUGAUGUAGAUGAGAAAAGUUUGGAAGCUGGGGAUAAGGAGCCUAUUAGGCUGAAGAUUGCACUAAGAAGCCUUGAUGGUGCUCCCUUCUCAUACUACUUUGCGCUUGGAAGGUCUUCCAGACUGGUCAUGGUCACAGUAGUACAAGACAAAGCAGAAGGUAUGCAACAGCAAAAUAAGGAAUCAGACAAGGAGCAUAAUAAGGAACUGAAUGCCUCACAAAGUAUAUUUCUGGAAGAGCCAGAGUGCAUUGAAGAGUCAAGGUUGGCAGGAGAGAUCAAAGGAAACAAAAUAAGUGCUCCAGCAGCCACUACAGCCAACACCAAGAAAACAACAAUGGACAGUUCAAAACCAGAAGAGGUGCAACCUGUAGGUCGAAGUUCAACAACCAUGAUUGGAGAAGAGCACUUCGAAGGUAAACCAAAGCCUCCUAUCAAACAUGUGUUCAAAAGAAGAGUUUCAGUGAUAUGGGUCUUCAUGAAAACCUACUCAAGGGAAUAUAUCAAUACGGCUUUGAUCAUUGUACCAACGCGAGACUUAAUGUAUGAGACUGAGAAAGUUAUUGAAGUACUUGGUCAGUUCCAUGGUGUUAAAGCUUAUACUAGUACUGGAGGAACGAGUUUCCGCGUGAACCAGCAAACUCUGUCAAGUAGAGUUCAGGUUGUCAUUGGAACUCCUGGAUGCAUUCUUGACUUGCUGGCAAGGGAUGCAUUGUGUAAAGACCACAUUAGAAUGCUUGUUCUGGAUGAAGCAUAUGAACUACUGACAGGAGGUUUCAAGGACCAGACAUGUAACAUUAUCCACUAUCUCCCAGCCAAAAUCCAGAUCGGGCUCUUCUCUGCUGCCUUUUCCAGUGAAGCUCUAGAAACUAGCCACUGGUUCAUGGAUAAGCAUGUGACGAUUAAAGUGCCGAGAGAUGAAGAGCUGAAGGAUAUCGGAAUCAAGCAGUUCUAUCACAAAGUUGAGAAGGAAGAGAAGCUAGGAAAGCUGUAUGCUCUUUUCGAAACACUAGAGUUCACACGAAUCGUCAUCUUUGUGAACACAAAGCAGGGUGUCAAGUCGCUCAUACAAGAUGUCAGAGCCAAGGGUUAUGCUGUCUCAGCUAGCCAUGGUGGUAUGAGCCAGCUUGGCAGGGACACUGCCAUCCAGGAGUUCAGGGCUGGAUCAUCCCGUAUUCUCAUCUCCACUGACCUUCGAGGCACCAAUCUGGGGCAGCAGCACUAUGUUGGCUGUGUUGAUCAGAUUAAGCUUUGA